GUUUUUACAUACUAACCUAGGCAUUAUCCAAGAUGGCACCCUCAAACAAGGAAGUGUAUAGUUUACUGUGCUUUAUCGGUUCGUUUAUUAUGGUGUUGGGGGACAAAUAUAUUUUAGAAGAAGUCGAUAUUCCAAAAAGUAAUUCCGAUCUGAAAAUAUUUACUGGUGAAGAAUUGAAAAGGUUCGAUGGAUCUGAUCCCAGUCUGCCUAUCUAUAUGGCAGUGAAAGGAGUAGUUUUUGAUGUGACAACAGGAUCAGAUUUUUAUGGAAAAGGAGCCUCCUACAACGUAUUAGUUGGAAAAGACUCAACCAGAGCUGUUGCCAAAAUGUCUCUAGAUUCAGCUGAUCUAAACCAUGAUUUGACUGGAUUGACUGACCAAGAGCUCAAAUCCUUAGAUGAGGUUUACAAAGGAGUUUAUGUCCAAAAAUACCCCAUUGUUGGUUACAUGGACUAUAAAAUGGCAGAAAAUACUAUAAAAAAUAAGUUGGAACUAUGACACAGCGCCCAUUUUGUCUAUUAAAUAAAAGGUAUUUUUCUAUAUAUACAGAGCUGUGAUGCACAAAAUUCCAGGUGUGGCAUUACUUUUUCAUGGUGCACCAACAUUGCAAUAUUUUUUACUUUUUCACUUUAUAUGAUUGCAGUACAGAAGCCUGAACCUCUUCUUCAGGAUUAGGAAACUUAAAAAUGCUGUUGAAUUUUGCAUGCAGCUCAUAAUAUUCUGAAUGUUGUUAAAGGUUCUAGUAUUGGAGCCCUCGUGAAAGCCAUCUGCACAAUACUUAAAAGGUUGGAGAAAAUGAUAUGUGCCAUGUCAGAAAACUUGCAUUUAAUGUUUAAUGAUAUUUUUUGUGAAGAUCAAAGAUGAAACAAGGUACAUAACAAACCAGGAAGAUUCCUAUAAGAGAGUCCACAUUUAUUGGUUCUGUGCUUUAUAUUUUUAUAAACUUUUGAGCCAGUGGUAAAUGUAGGACAGCAAUGUAAACAAGCCUAUAGCUUAAUAAAGAUGAAUGAAACAAUUA